GUUAGUUGUGGCGCUUAGCACUUCGGAGAGCCGGUGCGUUCCGGAAUAGUCGAAAUGGCGGACGCUGUGGCGCUUGUGUGGAUUCGCGGCCCUGGCUUGGGGUGCAAGGCGGUGCGGUGUCCCUCGACCCUAUGCCCGGUGCUAGAUUUCAUCCACCGACACUGCCAAGAUCAGGAUAUUCCAGCGGAGUGCUUCUUUGUGAAAUGCAAUGGAGCACUCAUUAACACCGAUGACACAGUGCAGCAUGGAGCAGUUUAUAAUCUGGAACCCAGACUACGAGGUGGAAAAGGAGGUUUUGGAUCUAUGCUCCGAGCACUUGGUGCUCAGAUUGAGAAGACAACCAAUCGAGAAGCCUGCCGGGAUCUCAGUGGGAGGAGACUACGAGAUGUCAAUCAUGAAAAAGCAAUGGCUGAAUGGGUAAAACAGCAAGCUGAGCGAGAAGCUGAAAAGGAACAAAAGCGCCUGGAACGACUGCAGAGGAAGCUGGCAGAGCCCAGGCACUGCUUCACCAGCCCUGACUAUCAGCAGCAGUGCCAUGAGAUGGCUGAGCGUCUGGAGGAUUCAGUCCUGAAAGGUAUGCAGGCUGCUUCCAGCAAGAUGGUAUUGGCAGAAAUUGGUGAGAAGCGGAAACAACCUAAUAAAUCAAAAUCAGACAGAGGAGCCAGUGCAAGGAAAAGGAAAUGUUUUUGGUUGGACAUGCAAGGACUAGAGACUGCAGAAGGGUCCAGCUCUGAGAGCUCAGAUGAUGACAGUGAAGAAGCACCUAGUACUUCAGGAAUGAGCUUCCAUGUUCCAAAACAUGGCAGUGAUGGUGUUGAGACAGCAGCUGAAUUUCCCAGUGGUUCUCAGAGGACUAGAGUAUUGAGUAUAGACUCUAGAUCACCAGAAAAACUACAGACCACAGUGUCUGACUCUGGGAAUGGUGUUGUAGAAGACCUGUGUAUGGAGCCGCGAGAGACCUCUGCUCAGGAGUACAUGGAAAUGAAGAUGACUAAAGGGACAGAGGAAACCCAGGAGAGAAAGGGGACAGAGAGUAAAGGACCUGUGGAAAAGGAAGCUGGGGCUGCACUGAAUAACGAGAAAGAGACAAAAGAAAUGACUGAUGGGGAAAGAGCUGCCAAGUUAGUAUCUGGAGCAGAUAGGGAAACCAUUCCCUCUGCCAAACUGGAGGAGAGCCGGUCAGGAAACACAGAUAUUGGUUGGGGAACUGUAGAUUUACUGGCCUUCAACUCGGCUGCAGAAAUGGAGUCAUUGGGUUUGGAGAAGCUCAAGCGUGAAUUGCUGGCCCUGGGACUGAAAUGCGGGGGCACUCUGCAGGAGCGGGCAGCCAGACUCUUUUCUGUCAGAGGACUGACCAAGGAACAGAUGGACCCGGCUUUAUUUGCCAAGCCUUCGAAAGGAAAGAAGAAAUAAACUUCAUCAGAGCAGAUUUCUUGUUUCUUCAUAGUCUAGCACUAUCUGUAUAAUGUUGACUCUGGGCCAUUAUUCCUAUUGGAAUAAUUCUUACUACUCCUUAAAGUUGAUUUUUAAUAAACUAAUUUUAACUAUUCCCUCUUUCAUUAUUACAUUGAUGGAAUUAAUUUGUGAAGCCGUCUGGCCUACAAGUUUUCUUUGUGGGAGACUUUUAUAACAAAUUAAUUUCUUGAAUAAAUGCAGAACUGCUGAGAUUUUUGGUUUCAUCUUGUCAUUUAGGUGAGUGAUAUUUUCAAGGACUUUAUGCAUUUGAACCAAGUUGUCAGAUUUGUGGACAUAAUCUAAUUCAUAUUGGUCUCUUACCCUUUUGCUAUAUGUAGGAGCUGGAGGUGGUAACCCAUUCUUUUCAUUCUGUUACUCAUAAUUUCUGUUUUGCUUUUCCAGUUCAGUCUAACCAGGAGUUUUUUCCCAGCUAUUUUAAAUUUCUGUUUUGAUUUUGCUCUAUUCCUUCUGCCUAAUUUGGAUUUACUUUGCUCCGUUUUUUUGGCUCUCUAACGUAAAUCUUGGGUCAUUGAUUUCAGACUUUUUUCCUGAUAUGUAUGCUGAAAGCUAUAAAUUUUUCUUUAAGCAUUUCCUUAGUUGCAUCUCGAAACAUUUUAGUAUGUUAUAUUGCCUUCAAAAACAAAAAAUGUCAUGACUUUUCUGACAACCCAAUAUUUUCAUUAUGAUUCAGUUCUACGUAUUUUCUGAUUUCUUUGUGAAUUCUUUUAACCAUAGGUUAUCUAGAACUGUGUUGUCUAAUUAGGAGGUUCCCCUCCCCCAAAUAUUGUAUUACUGCCUUCUAAUUUAACUUCCUUUGACAGAGAAUAUCUUCUUUAUGAUUUCAAUCAGUUAAGUUUCAUUGAGACUUGUAUUAUCAUCCAGCAUAUGGUCUCUCUUGGUGACUGUAAUGUGUACACUUGAAAUUAACACUGUUUUAAACUGUUGGUGAAUUUGUUCUGUAAUGUCUAUCAGGUAAUGUUCAGAUUGUCUGUCUUUAUUGAUUUUUUUUUAAUUGAACAAAAAAUUUGUUAUAUAUAGUAUUGACAUCUAAAUACGAUACGGUUUUUUAAGUGAAAAUAAAAUGAAAUCACAUGUACAUAGUUGUAUUCAUUAAGUGCUAAACAAAAGCCAUACAACAAUGAGAAACAUUAAU